UGUCUGGAUAACACAGGUCCGACGAAUAGAGCGCCUGGGACAAGAACCACUACUCUUUACUAGUUACGGUGUAGGAGGAGAGCAGAGAAAAGUGUCCAUGGCGACAAUAGUCCAGUGUCUUUCGUCAUGUGCGACCCUCAGUUCCAAAUUCAAAGUCCUUUCUCUUAAGGGAGCUUCUUCUUCGUCGUCAUCAUCUCCAACUUCUUCCUCCUUGUCCACUCGUCGUGGUGCGUCGGCUACUCUCUGCUCCUCCCUUAGCUUCUCUCAGAGCGUUUCUCAAUGUGUCGCCUUCUCCUCCGGGAAUUUAUGGGUACAGAAGAAUCCAUUGAGGCAGUUGAUAGUGUGUGAGGCUGCUCCGACGAAGAAAGCUGAUUCAGCUGCAAAGAGAGCUCGCCAAGCCGAGAAGAGGCGUGUUUACAACAAGUCUAAGAAAUCUGAAGCCCGUACUCGGAUGAAGAAGGUCUUGGAAGCACUCGAUGGGCUCAAGAAGAAACCAGAUGCGCAACCUGACGAGAUUGUCACCGUGGAGAAACUCAUCGGAGAGGCUUAUUCUGCAAUAGACAAAGCAGUCAAGGUUAGAGCGCUACACAAGAACACCGGUGCUCGUAGGAAGUCUCGCUUGGCUAGGAGGAAAAAGGCCGUUGAGAUCCACCACGGUUGGUACGUACCCGACACAGCAUCAGCAGCAACAGAAGCUGUGACCAUGGCUGCCUAAGAACAUGGACAAAGAUAAUGGAAAUUCGUUUUUCUUAUAAGAGAGAUCAUAUGGAACAAGAUGUGAAAAUUGAUUUUAAAAUCAAAUCUGCUUUCUUCAUGUAUAAUUCAUUACAACUUCAGUUUCAUCUUCCGUACUGUUGAGUCUAAGCUUUUUGUCAUCUUCUUCUUUCCGCUUGGCCUUGGUCUGGUUUAGCAAGAUCUCAGUUCUUGGCUC